AUGUCUGGCGAAGGCGACUCAGGCCUUAUAUGGCUCAAAGAUGGAAGGCUUCCCGUCCAGGAGACUCAGCCAAGAAAGUACGACCCAGAAACACACCAGUUUCAUAUCAAGAUCGCAGAAGUGCCAGCAAACGACUCUGGAUCCGGCCCAGUGACGCGCAAUCCCAAAAGCGUUCCAGCGAGAGAUGAUCUUGCUGCCGUGUCUCAGAUUCGAAACGUAUGGAUCGUCACCAUCAUGAAUGCCAUCUACUCACUGCCAAGGGCACAGCCACCAGCUGGCUGCCUUGACAAGGAGCAGUGGCUCACAAACGAGGUGGCAGCCGAUGCGGAAAUCGCAGCAAUCUGUACCGAUAAACGGAAGCCACAUGAGCUCGAGAAGCGUGCUGUGGCGAUAUGGGAGGAGAUAGUUCGGUGCCAGAAGUACGGAACUUGCGAAAUGCAGAUUGAUGGACGUAUUUACAGGCCCCCAGGCAUGACCUGUAAUGAGCGCAUCCAUGCUGUACUCGAGACCAUUGCUUCGUGCCGCUGCAUGGCCCUUAGCGUCUUGAAUGGUUCCAGCUAUCGGGGACUGGUAAGCGCUCCAGCAAUUCGUCGCGGAAAAUUCUUCCACCAGGUCUGCGGCCAAGUAUUUGAGCUGAGGGGUUCAGAGAAGAUGCGACAGAUCUUGGGCACCUGA